AUGACGGACGAACCCCCCUCCGUUGUCGUCCCGCCCAUCAACUUCUCCCUCGUCGCCCGGGGCAUCUACCGCUCAGGCCAUCCCAACCGCAAGAACUUUGCUUUCCUCAAACGCCUCAACCUCAAGGGCAUCAUCUACCUCGAAGGCAGCGAUCCAUACCGCCAAGACUCUCUCGACUUUGUCGAAUCGCAAAACUUGACCCUGUAUCGAUUCGACUUUAGCAAAGAAUCCGACCUCUUUACGACAGAGGGGCAAGAGAGGCUGGGAGGGUUGUUGAGGGUGUUGUUGGAUAAGAGAAAUCACCCGCUUUUGGUGCAUGAUGAUACGGGGAAGGGGAGCUGUACCCUCAUCUGUGCACUGCUACGCAGGUUCCAGUCUUGGAGCUUGACGGGGCUGUUUGCGGAAGGGGAUAUGUUCGCUGGACCUGCGGGCGGGGCGGAGGGUGUUGGUUUGGGGGAUAUUGGCAUGGAGUUUAUUGCCGCUUUCCAACCAAAGAAGGUUGACUACGACAGGGCGUGGCGGCCUGAAUGGGUCGACUACUGA